UCAACCAGAAAGCAAAUCGAAAGCAAAAAUUUGGGAGCAAAAAAUAACGCUAAGCACUCUUAAAAAUUAUUAAUGAUAGCUUGUUUCGAAAUUCAAAUUUUGUUUGUCAACCUAAGCCGAAUUUCGAAGGAAAAUGAAGAACGACGCUUAAAAGACAAUUCAAUGUUACAUAUAUACCAAAGGAACAUGUUGGCAGCAUAGCCAUAUAAAAUUUCGGUUAUUUUAAGUGCAUUUAAUCGUUAAUAUCUGUUAAUACAUCAGUUGCGGAAACUUUAGACAUUUAAAUUUAUAGAACAAGAGAAAGUGCGUACAAUUUUGCUGCGAGGAUAAUAGUAGAACUACAACAAUAGUUAUAGCGUUAUAGCUAAAAUCAACACAAUAGCAACAUGUCUCCGCACUAUCAACGUGAUACACUAAUCGGAUUUAUAUUGUUAAUUUAUAGCUUAGUGGCAUGUUCAACGGUAUUGGCAGUGGAUCAAGUUAUUAGCGAGCAAGAGGGAAAAACAGUUAUAGUACCUUGCCCGGUGAAUAGAGAAAAAUGCGGUGAAUUGCAUUCACUGAAUUGGUUUAAGGGUGACAAUCGUAUUGCAGCCAUGCUGCUGGAUGAUAGUAACGUUACUAGUGUGGCAGCAGAAUUUGAAGAUAGAGUUUCGGUUGAACAAAAUCCAUUCAGAUUAAUUAUAAGAAAUCUAAGAAUCUCCGAUGAGGAUAUUUACUUAUGUGAUACAACUUAUUUUAUACCAAUUGAAACGUGUGAUAAUUUCAAUGGUCAUCGCGUGGAGUUAAAUGUUUUAGUGCCACCUACGGAGGUUGUGAUUUUAGAUGAAAAAGGUGAUCGGAUAGACAAUGGCAGCAUCGUGGGACCCAUACAAGAAAGACAAAUUCUAAAGUCCACUUGUAUAGUGCGCAAUACACGACCGCAACCCCAAGUGGGCUGGUGGCGGGGGAAUAAACGUUUAACUACACAUUCGCCUUCGUAUGAUGAACAAAAUGGUUUAUUUACGGCAACACUAGAAUUAUCGCUGCAAUUAUCACGCGAUGAUUUGGGGCACAACAUCGAAUGCCGAGUUGAUUCCGCUGCUAUACCAAACACGCUCAAAAAUCAAUUUAGUGUCGAUUUACAAGUACGACCCACCAGCAUAACUAUAAAUGGUGUCGAACAUCAUACGGUGCAAGGCAGUAAAGUGGUGUUAACAUGUGAUAUACAUGGUGCCCGUCCUCCAGUUAAUUUAACAUGGUACAAUAACACACAGCCCAUUAGUUCUGAGGAUAAUGACAUAAGUGAAAUUCGCACAAAAGCGUUCGGAAAAGAGGAUGGUACCUAUCACACACAGUCGGAGCUUAUCUUUAACGCCACCCGUUUCGAAAAUGACAUGGUAUUCCGCUGCGAGGCCGAGAAUAUUGUUCUGCAAAUAAAUCGUGAAAAACCAUUCACAUCAUCCAUGACUUUGGAAGUAUUGUAUCCACCAGUAGUGAAAGUUAGUCCUCUUGAUAUUACAGUAAAUACAAGCGAUACAGUUUUAUUGAAUUGUGAAUACGUAGCCAAUCCAGCAUCUCUAACACAUGUUGUGUGGUAUCGCAACGGCGAUAUGGUUAACGUGAAUGACACUGAACGCUAUGAAGGUGGCAAUUCGGAGAAUGUAGCUUUAGUUAUACGCUCCACCGAUAAGCAGGAUAUUGGUAACUAUUCAUGCCAAUUGUCGAAUGUCAUUGGCAAAGGCAUCUCAGAGCAACAAACCGAUUUAGAUGUACAAUUUGUACCAAUCGUUGAGGUUUUGAUGAUACCCGAGGGUCCUGUCAAAGAAAGUGACGAAUCGAAUGUUACAUUAUUUUGUAACAUUUUAGAUGCCAAUCCAUCCAUUUUAUCUAAAGUGCGUUGGUACGCCAAUUCCACGCUAUUGAAGGAAUUGCCCGAUUGCGAAGAAACGCGGGAGGAUUUGUGUCAUAUUGAUCCCAGUAAAUUAUUAUUGGAAAGUAUAGGACGCGGUUUUUUCUAUAAUUAUUCAUGUGAGGGCUAUAAUGCUGCUGGUUGGGGAACACGAAGCGACGAUAAAGAGUUAUUGGUACAUUAUGAGCCCGGUCCGGCUGUUGUGACACAUUUUCCCUUAAUAGCGGUAAAGAAGAAAAGCGUUACAUUCUCUUGCUCAGUAGAUGAUCCGGGCUAUCCGGAAUCUAAUAGGUUUGUAAAUAAAAACAUUCAGAUAUUUAAUAGCAUUUAUCCUCCCAUGAAUCACUACAAACACCAUCAUAAACCAAGAUUAUCCAUGUCAUCAUCACAAUUACCAUCACUACUGUCAUCAUCAUUGUCAUCAUCAUCAUUAUCAUCCAUUCCGACUUUAUGGUCAUUAACAAAUCGUUCCACACUUAUACCACAAAUACAAAUGUAUACCGUACAACAAUUGCAAGCUUCUGAGGUAGAAGAAGCUUAUGAAGUUUUAAUUGGCCAACAUUUUCAAAAACAACUACAUGUACAGCAACAACAACAAAAACAACAGAAACAGCAACAAGAACCACAUGCAGAUAAUUCCCAACUAAAACCAAAACAUGUGCUUAAAGAAACUCAUGCACUAAUUGAUUUAACAAACAAUUCCUUUUGCACACUGCUCACAUUGACCACAUUUUCACCACAAUCACAAAUCUUAACAUUGCUAACUGGCGUUGCAACAACAAUGCAACCAACAACAUCAACGCUUUCAUUGUAUCGUAAAAUGGGUAAAUUUUCAUGUGUUGCCCAAACCGUAAUGCCUUCAUUCAGAUAUCGCUGGCUGCGUGGCGGUCGUGGUCCACUGCAAGACGUUGUCACGAAAGAUUGGACAGUCGAACCCGUCGGUUUGGAUAGUCGCACAAACUAUUCAUGCUAUGCUUUCAAUGAGGGCGGCAAAGGUGUUAUGGCUACAGUCAAUUUAGAGGUGCAUGCACCACCGUUUUUCAUCAAAAAUCUGCCACCGUACACGGGCAUGUUGCAUACAUCCCGUAAUGCGAAUCUUACAUGUCGCAUUGAAUGUGUGCCGCGCUGUGAAAUUUCCUGGCUAAAGGAUGGCGUGCCCAUCGACAAAAACGAUACACGCUAUUUUGUCAAAGACAAGUACAUGGAUGCCUCACCAGCCACCGGAGACUUCGAAAGUAUGCUUUCAGUAUUGCAUUUCAAUAUGUCCAAUUGGCCAAAUAAGAAAUUUGACAUUGAAGGCGAUAAUGCCAAUUACACAUGCGUAUCCACAGGCAAUACGGUGGGCCCGGGUAUUAAAAGUGCCACUUACUUCAGCAUUGAAUAUGCCCCCGAUAAUACCACCGUAUCGGAAGAAGUUGUUUAUGUACAAGAGGAAACAAUACCAGGACGUGUCAUAUGCAAAUCAAGAGCUAAUCCGGAACCCACCUAUGAAUGGCUGCAUAAUAAUAAAACUGUCAUACGAGGUAAUGCUUUAAUCAUCAAUACGUCGAUGAUGCGUAAUGAUACCGGUCGCUACACUUGCGCAGCCUUUAAUAAGCACGGUCGCAAUACGGCCGAAACAUUUAUUGAUGUGCAGUAUAAACCCCGCUGUGAGAUUGAAAGGCGCGAAAUUGAUGAUCGGGAUACUUUAAUUUGUACAGCUUACGGAAAUCCGGAAGAGGCUGAUUUUUCAUGGUCAAUUAAGGCGGAAAAUGAAUCUGUCGAGUGGCUAGGCAGCGGUGAUAAUAAGGCAUCCAAAGAUAAAAGCUUUUACAUUCUAACUGAAGACUAUGCCAUCGCACGUACUUAUCGUUGUGUAGCCAAUAAUACGGCGGGCGCGGGACAAUUUUGUGAAGUUGAAGUUGCUGCCGGUUCGGCUUUUUAUAUAUGGUGGAGAGAACAACUCGCCUGGUGGCAACGUUGGGAUAAAACCACUUUAAUUAUAUUGGUGGCCAGCAUAUUGGUCUUAUUACUGGCCGUUAUUAUUAUCUGUUGCAUCAUUAUUUGCAUUUGCCGACGCCGGCGACGACAGGAUAAGUUACAAGAGAAGUCAUCUUCUAUGGCGGAUCCAUUAACGGAACCUGGCGAGUAUGAGAAUCUACCAUUUCAUGGUCUGCAAACGGCUCCUAAUAAGUUUACUACUCCUACGACUCCUACAAAUUUUAAUAACAACACAAAUGUGGUGCGUAGUGUGCCACGACCCAAGAGACUCAAUGGAAAUAUCAGCCAAAUACAAGGACAACAACAACAACAACAUCCGCAAUACCCGCAUCAUUAUCAACAACAACAGCAUCAACAUGCGGCGUAUUACGACGAACAAGAAUCGGAAACUGGGCAACAACAGCAGCAACAAUAUUAUCAUCUGCAACAGCAACAACAACAACAAUUACAACAAGAACAAGCAUAUAAUACUUUUGCAAAGCACACAGCACAACAGCAACAUCAACAACAACAGCCAUCAACAUCGUCAAGUAUAUUAGCCGGUUUGCCGACCAUAAUAAGUCAGUCAAAUAACAGUAGCACUAGCAAUUGUAACGGUAGAAUAAUGUUGUCUAACGCCGCAACAGAGGACGGUGUCAUUGUCCACACAAACAGCAAUUCACUCAAUGCAAACUCAGCCACUAGUUCCAUAACAGCUCACAAUAGCGCAAGUAGCAUCACAAAUCCACAUCAGCAAAUGCCGUAUAAUCUCAAUAAUUGCUUCCCUAAAAGCUACACAGAAUACUACCAAACUCAGCAGCAACAACAGCAGCAACAAUUUACUUCAAAAUUUGCCAUCAAUAAUAUGGCGAAUGCAACACACGCUCAAAUGCUCAAUGCCAUCGAACAUGAUUACAAUGCAUUUAAUGCCGGUGUCGCUCUUGUAACAGAAGGAAACACAAAAGCGACAAAUCCCUUUUUAGCAGUUAGCAAUUUCAAGAAAUUUAACCAGCCUAGCAGUGUUGAGGCUAGCACGAUGGAGGGUUAUAACACUACUUCCAUGAAACGUAUAGGCAAACGGAAAACGUUUGUAGAUAAAUUAGAAGAUAAACGUUUUUAUUCACUAAAAUUUUCCAGUGGGGGUAAAAACAAGGCUCAAAAUUCCAAGACAAUUGUAACGGCCAAUUUUAAUUCGGCUCAUAAAAAGCAAGCACCACGUGUACCGCCCACUCCACUCUACAUAAAUGUCAACAGUGAUUCAACAGCCUCACCAAUCAGUAACCUGGAACGGCCCUCAUCUCCAAAUUCGGCUGUAGCUACUUCGGCAUAUGAGUCAGCUUCGUCCUCACAAAAUGAUGGAACUUGCGCAGAUCCAGCUUCAUUAUCAUCAUGUACAUCGUUGUAUAGCGGAAAAGUAACUUCCGUUAGUCGUUGCAGCCGUCAUCAGCAACCACCCGAAAUCACCACCCCCGAAGAAUAUGAACAAUAUCAAUUAGGCCACCAUCCACACGGUGGCCACUCGUCAUCGUCUCUUUCGGUUGCCAGUAGUGUAAGUGGUACUGGUGUCAAUGCCUCAGCAUGGAGUAAGUGUAAAAAACAGCAAAGGUCAACCGUGACGUCCAAUGUCACUUCUUUGGAGUUAACAAACAAAUAUCGUCUGGAUACUAAUCCAUUUUUAGCAGCAAAUACUACUGCCAGCACCACCGCCCCCACCACCAUCUGCCGUAAGAAAUUACGACGACAGACAAUUAGUGACCCCUACGCACAUAUCAAGUACAUCAGCGACUGUCGAAAACAACACCUUCGUCUUAACACCGUCACCGCCAGCAAACAAAACCGCCUUGGUGGCAUCAACGAAACCCACAAUUAUUGCUCCGAAUCCACGAGCGCGUUUAAGGCAACAACAGCAGCAGCAAACGUUGAUAAAUCACAACAACAACAACAAAUCAAUCUACAACCAUACAAUGCCAUCGAUUAUGUCAAACAAAGUGAGCUGCAUCAAAGCCACCAUCGCCACCACGACCACCCACACUGCUAUGAACAACUUCAACAGCAACAGCACCAGCAACAGCAACAACUUGGUUUCACACAUUCUCAGCAUACACAACAAAUGCUAAUGUCUUCUAGCGGGAAUAUAGAUGACAUUGAUGAUGAUGGUAAUAAUGAUAGACCAUAUAAUGAUCGUAAAUAUAGUCCACAUUCGUGUUAUUUAAGUUAUUCUCACGAUGAUAAUGAUAAUUAUAAUUAUAUCGAAGAGAUGGGGGAGACCGCAGAAACUUUAAGGAGUUCUCAAAUUAUGCUGACAACUGACCGGAAGUUACCAGAAACAACAAAUACAGCAACAAUACCGAGUACGUUAAUAGACUUUACAGCGAGACCGAUUAAAUUACCAUUGCGAAAAUAUCACAGCUUUCAUUUUCAAACGUCACAAACCGUGGCCGGCCAACAGCAAGGUAACCUAAAAAUGCGACAACAGGAACAACUACAAGCGCAAGCAUAUACAGCGGAACAUCCUGUAAAGCACCAUUAUAGUAAAGAAGGCCCUUUGGUGUUUCUUCCUUUAUGUUUAAAUGAAAAUUCAACAUUUAAACCAAUUGUUUCCACAGAGGAGAGCGAAGGAGAUGAUUCUACUGAAAUAUCUAUUAACGAUGAACUCGAGCAAUAUUCAAAAUCUACGCCGAUCGCCAAUCUAAUUAGAUGUACUUCGUCUUUGAACAUCAAAAAUUCUGAGUUAAAUAAUCAAAGUCCAACAAUUGAUAAAAGUAUUACGAAAUUGUCAAAAGCUUUCACAAUCGCGAAACGCGAACCUUAUGAGCAGAUUGAUAAAUCUAAAGAAAAUACAGCUACUGUAGUGAAGCCCAUAUCUAAAAGUAAAAAUUUAUUACUAUCAAGAAUUAUCAAUAAUUCUCCCGAAGUUAUAAAAAUUCAAGAUUUUACAAAUAGUAACAGAGACGAAAUUUAUAUUACUUCUAAAACUCUGAUACGUUCUCCACCAGUAUUAAAAACUAAAAAUAUGUCGACACAAAGUAAAGGAAAAGCAGAAGCGUCUGCGGAGAUCUUUAAAAACGACGUUUGCGAACCCAAUUUACUAAAAUCUGAGCAAAUGACCCGUGGAAGCCCAUCACAAAUUGGUAGAGAGGAGAAUGAGUUCGUAGAGGAUAUUAAGUUGUCGUCGAACACUGCGCUUUUUAAGGCAGGGAGUUUUAAAGAUGAUUCAAAUAGUUUUGCGCUAAACGAAAGCAAAUUCGAAUACAAUGCACGUAUGGACGUUAAUCCGGAAAAUAAAAACUUAACUUUUUCCGGACAAUGUUUCCAAACUUUAAAUCACAAGAAAAACAUAGGAAAGUUUCCAGACGCCUCAAAGUGCAUAGAUAUGUAUAAAGUUAUGCCAGAAUCCUUAGCAUGCACGGGAUCGAACAAAGGGUGCCCUACCUUGCCGUCUUUAAAAUCAAUGACUGAAGAUUGUAAUGAAAAAAGUAAUCAAACUCACGACAAUACGUUUUCAACUAGAAACAUUAAAUCCCCCUUAACCCCCUUGAAGACUUUGAAGCUAAUGACCAAAAGUAAUCCGGAACUAUGGUAUAAUACUCAUACUGGCAAUAGACAAAAGUUACAUCAAUUGCAAUUAUUCCAUUCGAUGCAAAAUCUAAAAAAUUCUCAUAAAUCUAACCGAAAUACUAGUGCUGAUGUUGUUGACACGGAACAAGAAGCGGAAGAUGAAGAAGAUUUAGGUUAUACUUUCUAUGAAGAUGAAAAUGAUAAUGAUAUCAAUGAUAAUGAUAUCAAUGAUAAUGAUAAAUAGAUUAUAGAUGAGGAACCAACAUCCCCGAAUUUUAGUAAUAUUAUGACGGACAAUGCCAAUGAGAAUCACACACAGGUUAGAUAUAAUUUACCAAAACCAACAACAACUUGACAUAUAUUUAAUAUUUAGAAUUUAUUCUAGAAGGAAUGUAAAAACACAAAACAAAAACAAUUAAAAGUAUUUCCGUUGAAAAGUUUUAAAAAUAAAUUAUGUUUUGUAAAUAAUCACCUGUCUGUAGACAGAGAUUAAAUACACAUACAUCCAUACAUCCAUACAUACAUACAUAAACGAAUACGUGCAUAGAUAUAGACAUAAAUAAAUAAAUACAUCCAUACGUACAUUUAUAUAUACUUACCUACAUCCUUACAUACAUCCAAAUACAAACAUAUAUAAAUAUAUAACAUAUAAUAUAUAUAUGUUGUACAUACAUAUAUAUUUAUAUACAAUAUAAUAUAUAUGCACGUUUGUGUAAUGAAACAUCCAUAUAAUAUAACAUAUAAUAAAACCAAACUAAUGCAACAUACACUCUUAUAGCUUAUACGAAUAAGAUUAAGUUUAGCUUAAUAGUACAUAAACUAAGUGUUAAGGUAUACAAAAUUUAUAAGAACAACAAAAACAAGCAAAAUUGAUAACAUUUACGCAGGAUGUACGUAUAUAUCAUGAAUCUUUCUCACUUUAUUCGAAGUAUGGAUAGGUUUCCAUGGAUUUACUCUCCUAUAAAUAGUUAUAUUAAAAUGUUUUACAUAAAGCAUAUGUCAACUUGUCUUCAGCGAACAAAAAAACCUAAUGAAUUUUCAUUUUUUUUUUUUUUUUAAAUGAAAAACCCACCCCAAAAAAUAAAUAAAUAAAUAAUAAAGUUCACUUCAACCGAAGUAAAUCGUUGAAAAAGGCAAAAAUGUUCACAUCUCUGAAGUCACUGAAAAAGAGUGAAACAAAAACAAAAACUGCACUUAAGAAAAGGCGAAAUAAGGAACAGCAGGAGUAAUUGCAAUAUAAUAAAAAAUUUUCAUAUGAAAUUGUCCUCAUGCUAGAAGAUAACUAAAAAAAUAAAAUAACUAAACAGAUAAAUAAUGCCAUAAGCCAAGUGGGAUAAAUGCAAUCGAUCGCAAAGCAAUUUUUGGUCGAUUGCAUUGCAAAUCGAUCGUAAAAAAUUUUCUUUUCAUUUUAUUAUAACUGCCUAUUAAAGAUUUAAUGAAUAAAGAAAAAUUUUAGACAUGGUUACGUAAUAAAUUUGAAAUGGUCGGUCGUUCGGACGACUAAAUAAUCUAUAAUUCUUCACUUAAUUAUUAUAUUGUCAGUUUAAUUGGUCCGAACUACAAAAUGCUUUUACGAAGCGAAUCUAUUCUCAUUGCAUUUUUUAACAAAUGUCUUUCCAGAUACAGC